AUGCGUUUACGUUCGAGUACGAACGUUUCGGAAUCGAAUUGGAAUAACUCUGCUUCAGGAUUUCUCGAUGUUCUGCUCUCUGUUUGGAGACUACGUCAUACUUUGCGUUUUUCAUGUCCAAGUCCAUUGACAAAGCUCGCCAACUAUCGGCAAACGAAACCACGUCGAAAACCAGACGUUACUACUCAACCAGGCAAAGAACCAUCUCCGCCGCCGAAUGAUCUUCCUAAUUCUGGUUUAAUCAAUUCAACUGAAAAUGUUAAUCUAUCAUCGUCAACAUCCCUCCCAACUGUGCCUUCAGUUCCAUCACAUUCACUACCUUCGACAACUAAUCAAGGUUUACUUUAUCUUCGACCUGAAUAUGCUGUUUUUACACGCUCACUAGCUGAAUGUAAUAUACACGACUUGAUUCGUCAACCGGCAGGUGUUGAUAAAAACGAAUGGAUAGCUAAUAAUAUCGUAGCGUUUUUCAACCAUGUCAAUGCUCUGCAUAAUGCGAUGUGUGAUUUUUGUACGCCAGCGACGUGUCCAACCAUGACCGGUCCUCAGAACAGUUCUUAUUCAUGGCUUGAUGAGCGGAAUAAGAAAACUCUAUCAGACGAAACGAUAUUUCCCACCAGACUUGAUCAACAUUUUCCACUCUAUUUUGAUUCACACGUUCGUAAAAUGGUUCGAUUACUAUUUCAUGCUGUGGCACAUUUAUAUGCUGUUCACUACCAUCAACUAAUCGAACUACAAUUACACCCACAUUUGAACAGCUUAUUUCUUCAUUUUAUAUCAUUUCUAAUCACAUCGAAUAUAAUCUCGUCUGAUUGUCCGUCUGUACAUAGAGAUCCGAAUGGACCAUCUUCAUUGACAACGCCCGGUCAAACAGACGCACGUGAACUUCGAACAGAACUCGAAACGUUAGAUCCAUUAUAUCAAUUGUUGGCAAACCAAUGGCGACAUGCUUACGGUCAAGCGUGUGCACAAAGGAAAAAAGCAGCAAACAACGAGUGA